AGCAGCAGCAGCAGGCAGGCCCGGCCGGGAGGAAGAGGCAGCCCAACCGCGAGAGGCCCGCCGCGGCCGAGGACGAUGCCCUCAACCAGAUCGCUCGCGAGCUAAUGGAAUCAGGACCCCCUUCUUCAUGCCAUCGACAAGCAAGCAGAUCCAGUUAGGCUGUUUUGUUUGGAUGUGUGCCGGAAAAGUGACUCAACCAGAUGACAACGCGCAGUGGAGAAUGGCUUGUGUAGUAGGCAUGGAAUCACUUGAGAAUCUAAUCAUAAGAGGCUGAAGCGAGGCUUGCAGCUAAGCGUGCAGCACGGGCUGAAGCACGAGAAAUCCGAAUGAAGGAACUGGAGAGGCAGCAAAAGGAGAUCUAUCAAAUUCAAAAGAAAUAUUAUGGUCUGGAUACAAAGUUUGGCGACAUCGAGCAGUGGAUGGAAGAUACUGAGCGUUACACCCAUAAACCCAGAAGAAAUGCCUCGGCUUCAGAUGAAGAUGAGCGCAUGUCUGUGGGUAGCCGCGGAAGCCUAAGGACUGGAUUAGAGACAGAGAGGACCAAAAGGAUGAACUUCAAAACAACAAAUGGUUACGAAGAAGAGAUGUAUGGUUCAUCCCAGAGUAGAAAAUCUAGCAGGGCUUCCUGCUACUCUGACCUUAGUCUUCCUUGCAGUGGUUUUCCUUCCAAAUCCCAACCUUCUUCCCAGAAUGGAAACCGGGCAUCUCUGUAUGAUGAGAACUUUAACAGUGGGAAUCGUCGGUAUAGUGCCUCUAGUUCACGUCCUCCUUCGGAAUACAGUUGCUACCUCGGCUCAGGAUCUCGAGCUUCUUCUAGAGCUAGUUCUGCUCGUGCAAGUCCUGUGGUUGAAGAAAGGCCUGAAAAAGACUUUGAGAAGGGGGUUCGUACUGUGUCAAGCCUGUCAGCAGCUACACUGGCCUCUCUAGGUGGAACUUCUUCCCGGCGAGGCAGUGGAGAUACCUCCAUCUCGGUUGAUACUGAAGCAUCUAUUAGAGAAAUUAAGGAUAUCAAUGAGUUAAAGGACCAGAUUCAGGAUGUAGAAGGAAAAUACAUGCAGGGACUGAAGGAAAUGAAGGACUCUCUAGCUGAAGUUGAAGAGAAAUAUAAGAAGGCUAUGGUAUCAAAUGCUCAGUUAGAUAAUGAGAAAACCAAUUUCAUGUAUCAAGUAGACACCUUGAAGGAUGCGUUGUUGGAAUUGGAAGAACAGCUUGCAGAAUCUAAGAGACAAUAUGAAGAGAAAAACAAAGAUUUUGAGAGGGAAAAACACGCCCAUACUAUAUUGCAGUUUCAGUUCAUGGAAGUCAAAGAGACUUUGAAACAAAGAGAAGAACUACUUGCAGAAAUCCGACAACUACAGCAGAAACAGGAGGGCUAUGUCAGGGAAAUGUCUGAUCUUCAGGAGACAAUAGAAUGGAAAGAAAAAAAGAUAGGGGCAUUAGAGAGGCAGAAAGAGUUCUUUGAUUCCAUAAGAAGUGAGCGAGAUGAUCUUAGAGAGGAGGUGGUUGUGCUGAAGGAACAAUUGAAGCGACAUGGAAUAAUACCCAACUCAGAAGUAGCUACCAAUGGAGAAACCUCUGGCGAUCUAGAUAAUGAUGGACUACAAAGUUCUUCCAAUAUUGCUCCAGGGUCAACUCAUCCCCCUAAGGGAGCUGGGGAUGAUACAUUAGGCAGAGCCAAGGAAGUGGAGAUGAAAAAUGAGAUUUUGGAGAAUGUGGGGGAAAAAGAAAUCUUGCAGAAUACUGAGCAUGAGGAACACACAGAGGAGACUAAGGAACAGGAAAUUGUGCAGGAAUGUUCAGAGAUAAAGACGUUGCAUGCUGAUGAAAAUGCGGAGGCAGAGAAAAUCACUGAAGGCAAAGUGGCAUCAACAUUGUUGUUAAGUAGUGGACUUGAGGAACCAGCUAAGAGUCAUUCAGAGCAUGUUCCAGGAAUUGUUUGUUCCCUUGAAAACAGUGGUAUAGUUGAAUUAAGGGGUGAGGGGGGGUUCCUUGAUAAUACCAUAGAAGUGAAAGUGUCUGAUGGAAAUGUUAUAAAUAAAAGUGAUACUGAAGUAGCAUGUUCAGGUAUUGAGGCUAAUGAGCAGAUACCUACAGGUUUAGAAAUACUUCCCCAACAGCAGGAUAAAGAUAAGCAAACACAUAUUGUAGGUGAUGAGGCAGAAGGCGAUAAUAACGAAGUAUUUCAGGAAGCUUUGGAUUUUGUGAAUAACAGCCAUGUGGCAACUUCCAGUCAAUCAGAAUCACCAGAAUUGGCAGAAGAUUUGCUUAUCAAAGUGCCGAGUAUGGAUCCUUCUAUUGAACAGCCGGAAAGCAAAAUUGUCGAGAGACAUCUUCUUGAAGGUGGACACAUCAAACUAAUUGAUAAAACAGACUGGGAUAAAAAUGAAACUGGUGGAAUUAAUAAAGUGAAUGAGAAGGAACAUGCCGUGCAGCAGCGGGCGUGUGAAGUAGCAGCAGAACAAACUGAAAUAUCUUAUGCAUCAGAUGAGUCUGAAGAACAAAAACAAGUUGGAAUGGAAAAAACUCAGCCCUUAUCUUCAAAAGAUGAUACAUUUGUUGAAGAGGAACAAACUCUGCAAGUGAUUGGAGCCAGUGAAAAGAAUGAAGAAAAUCCUGCUAUGGAGACUGAUCAGAGAGCAGCUUUAGCGGAAGCACUGGAUGUACAUUUAGAUGUUAUUAUGAAAGAAACUGCUGCAGAUGGUGUGAGUCACAGUGAAUGCCAGAUCCCCGAGGAAAGGAACUUAGACCAUGAGGAUGAUUCUAAGAAACAUGGGGACAUUAAAUCAGAAUUCAUAGAUGAUGGCAAAACUCUGUCAGACACCCGGAUAGCACAGGAAGAAGUUGCUGAUGACAAUAAUGAAGAAGACUAUAAGCCAGCACAAGUUACAGACUGGCCUACAGAAGAGCAAAGUGUAAAUAAACAAGAGGAAACUUUUCAGGAAUCUGCUAGAACUGCAUGUGUAUAUAUGCAGGGCAUUGAAGUAAACAAAGGAAGUGAAGAAGACAAGAAUCGUGAAAAAACAGAAGAAAAGAUUCUUGACGUUGUGCCAGAUAUUGAGAAGGCUCCUUGCCUCACCUCACAGAAGGCUGAAUUCAGUGAUCAAAACAGAAAGCUUGACAAUGAAGAAGAAGAAGAAGUUGUGGAGGAAUAUCAUGAAGCAUUUGAUUUUGCAGAGUCUCCAUUUGGACAACAGGAAACUACUGAAAAGAAUGAUAAUCUUAAUAAUGAGCUUGAGACAAAUAAUCACCAAACGCAAGAGAAAGGUGAGAUUACAGAACGUGCAGCACAGAAUAUAAUCAAAAAGGACACUGAAAUGGAGCGCAGAGAUGAAGAAAGAGAUGCUGAAGAAAAUAAAAAAGGUAAAACCUACCAAGCCUUAGCAGAUGAGGUCAUAAAUGAAUCCACCGUGACUGGAAGUGAAAUUACCCAGCAGCAGCAAGGGAAAGAAUCGGAGGAAGCUGCAAGCUUUCAAACAGAUCCUUCUGUUUCCGUGGCCUCAAACGCACAGUGUGAAAUUUUGGGAGACCCGAGCAAAAAGAUGUUAGAUGAAAUCAAUAUAGAUCACGUUGCUGAAUAUACUGCAGAGCAGUUAGAAAAACUAAAAAGUGAUGCGAGUGAAAGUGAAGAGGAAGUCCAGGUGGGUAGAAAGGGUAAAGGUAAAUCUCGGGAAGAUUGUGUCAUAUCGUGACCUCAGAAGCUAGGUCAUUCUUGCAUGUUACAAACCUGUCAUCUGAUGAUUUCAGAGUAAAUAUGCUGUUUUAAACAAAAGUCAAAAGGAAAAGUUUAACAGUGGAACUAGAUUCACGCUCUAAAUACAUGUUAUACAGCUUGUUGUCUAUAUCAAUCAUGAAAGAAUAUGAACUUUUUCUUACCUCUCAGGUUUUAAUUACUGUUUAUCAUAGUAAAACAAAGCUAUUAAUCAUACUAAAUCUGAAUUAAGUGCUUUUAAUAUUUUCACCUACAGUAUAAUAUAGCAUUUGUCCCCCCCCCCACAGUAUUUUAAUGAAAGCUAAGAUUUGAAGGUUCUUAGAAACUCACCACCUUUGAAUAUACUGUAUGCUAACAAUUAUCAAACACCUUUAUUUCAGAAGCAAGUUGUUAUAAAGCACAUCAGCUUCAAUAUUGCUUUCAAAUGCUGGUAGUUUGCCAGAGGGUGAUAAAAUGGCACUUUAUACAGGUUGCAUAUUGACACAUUCCAAAUUAAGGUCACUGCUAUUGCCAAAAUAUAGUUAGGUCAAUACAGGAGUUUUGUAUAGCAUAGAAUUAAUGAACAGAAGUUGCAAGUGAAGAAUCAUUGGUUUGCUAAUAGGAAUAAAGUUACACUUUCGCCUUUUCAUAUCAAAUCAAGCCUUCACUGGACUGGAUUCAGAGCAAGUCACACUUAGAUUCCAUUAAAAUCAUUGGUGUCUGAGUUACAUUUAUUUCAGUAGAACCAAAUUAAGUUGACUGAUUCUGAAUUCAAACCACUUUGUUUAGCAAGAUCUAUAUAUAUUAUUUUAAAGAAAGUUUUGUUUCUUUUGCGCUUCAUUUAUAUUGUGCUUAGCUUUUUUUAUCAAGUAACAUUUUCUUCAAGUUAUAUCAUAUGUUCUAUCCUCCCUCCCACCCCAAAUUAAUAUUUUCUUAAAUCUAAAUCUUAAAGUCUUCCCCCUUCUUCUUUGCUGAAAUGUAGGCAAAUUUGGAUGACUUUGUGAAUGCCUUAAUAAUUGUUAUUUAAAACCACAGAACCAAAGGCAACUGUUGUUUUAUGCAUAAAACUCUAUCACGCUGCUUUAGAAAAAAUAAAUAUAUUUUUAAAUACUGUAAUGGCUAAAAUGAAAAUGGAUAAUUUCUAAUUUUUCAGCAUGUAUCUUAUUUCCAAGUUGGAGUAUUUUUAAUGCAGAAAUUAAAAAAAAUUGUAUUAGACUGUUACAAAUAAGGAUCAAAGUCUGAAUGCUUGUAGCACUGUGGCACUCAUAAUAGAUAAUAAAUGUAUUCAGCUACUAGAACACAAAAGGAAAAACAAAACAUAUAUCACACACUGAGUUGUAUAUAGAUUGAAAUAAACUUUUUGUACUCUAAGGUUUUUCUUGUCUCCUGUUUAUAAAGCACUUACAAUUCAACUGAUACUGAUCAUAAUUUUUGUUAUAUUAAUUUAUUUUUAAAAUUAUCUAGAUGGUACCUAGCUGCUUUUACCUGAUUUGUUGCUUUUAUUUUAGAUGUGGCAGUUCUUAGCAAAAGCAGUGAGUUGUAUCCACCAGUGUUGUGCAGCUGAUGGUAAAGUGGAUCAGGGUAAUAAGCGAUUUUUGGCAGUUCCCCUAUUCUCUGUGCACACCCUGAAUCUGCUUUGGAAGGUUGGAGACCCUCAAGACCAGUUUUAGGAAAGAAAGACUGAACAUUGUUUCUCUCCCCAUUCUUCUGGCAACACCAUUGGCUACAACCAUGUAACUUCAAACUUUCAAAAUUAGAUACAGUGGUACCUCUACUUACGAAUAACUCUACUUACGAAUGUUUCUACUUACGAAUGGAGCUCCGUCCGCCAUCUUGGAUGCAGUUUAGAUAGGAUUUUUUCUACUUACAAAUUUUUAGAUAGGGUUGCUUCUACUUACGAAUUUUUUCUCCCAAUGCAUUCCUAUGGGAUUUGACUUACAAUUUUUUUCGACUUAUGAAUGUGAGUUCGGAAUGCAUUAAAUUCAUAAGUAGAGGUACCACUGUAUGUUCCUCUGAAAUAAGGCUUCCAAUGAAACAGUACAGUGGUACCUCUGGUUACGAACUUAAUUCAUUCCGGAGGUCCAUUCUUAACCCAAAACUGUUCUUAACCUGAGGUACCACUUUGGCUAAUGGGGCCUCCCGCUGCCGCUGUGCUGCCCAUAAGCAAUUUCUGUUCUCAUCCUGGGGCAAACUUCUCAACCCGAGGUAAUACUUUGGGGUUAGCGGAGUUUGUAACCCGAAGUGUUUGUAACCCAAAGCGUUUGUAACCCAAAGCAUUUGUAACCCGAGGUACUACUGUAUUAGAAAACAUAGUGGAGGACAGAUUUGGGUUCCUAGGACGAGUUGAAAAUCAAUAUGCAAAAUGGACACCAUUGUGCACUGGCAGCCCGAUUUCCUGAUGAAAUCCUUUCCUGCUAUGUUUAGCAAUGAAGCUUCUCUGUUCUUCCCAUUCCUUUCCAAGGCAUGCACUGAGAAUAUGCCUGAAUUCCAGGGUAAACAGUGAUGACUACUUGGGCACCAGGCAAAGCCAGAGCUAUUAAUCAAAGGUGCAGAAUUGGUAUCAGCCAGUGAGCCAGAUCCCUCAGCCCAGUCUAACACUGCCAGACAGAUGAGAUCCAAACGACUGCUUCUCCAGAGAGACAAACAUCUGUUUGGAGGAAGGGAGCGGAAUCCACUUCCAACAAACAGAGAAAUUGAUCAACUUCCUUUCAACAAGGAAGUCCCUAGUUAGCUGAUCCCAGUGGGACUCCCUGUCAGUGCCAGUCAGCUAACUGGUGCGGACAGCGAGCCCCACUCACAAACUAGAGCUCCCUUUAGUUUCCCAAUGGUUCCUUUGUAGCUUCAGCCAUACCUGACAUCACCUAUGGGCCUGGUUUGUGAGGUGUAUCCUUACUGGACAUAUUGGAGACCUGGACUGGGUUUGAAUUGAUCUUCAGGCUAAAGGUCCCCCAGACCCCCACCGUUCCUGUUCAAGCUUCAUAUGGACAAAUGGCUCUAAAAUUGCAAUCAUUUAUUACGUUGUCAUAUGUCCGGUUUCCCCCAGACAUGUACAAUAUGUCAUUCAAAGGGUGAAAUCACCAUCUAGGGGAUUUUUUAAAAAAAAAAAUUGGCAAAAUGUCCAGGGUUUUGCAAACAGAACCAGGAAGUGUAUGUGUGAGUAUCACUAUUUCCUUUUUCCAGUAUCUAUGGAUGCACCUGCUCCCUGUACAAAGACUUGCUUUGCAAGCAGAGCCAGGAAGUGUGCAUGCAAGGAUCACUCUUCACCCUUUCCUAUCUCUAUGGUGUGCCCACAUGGUGCAUGCUGGGAUGCGGCAAAUCAGCUGAUGAAUGGCUCUCCUGCAAGGCCACGGAAAGCCCCCCUCCUUCUGGUUUCAUUUCAUUACUUUUGGCCAUUGCAAGUGGAGGAAAGGCAGGAGGUCUCCCUGGUGAGUUGCAUCUGGGGCAGGAAAAGAUUCUGCAGCUGUUCUGGAGGCAGUGCUUCAGGAUGAGUGGUGGGAAAUCCUCCCCCCGCCUGUUUAGAACAAGGCUCUCCCCCCCCCAUCUCCAAUUAAUAAACCCACCCUACAGUGAAGUUUUGCAGAGUCUGCCGGUUCCUCACCUUGCACUCCUCAAGGUGCGAAGGGCCCUGUUGCUUCUGCGGGGGUGCGGGGGGGGGGCUCAUGCCUCCCUCACCGGCUGGAUUUGCCAGGUCCUACAGUUUGCAAAAACUCCUCCUGCUGUGGUCAGCUUCCCUCCCCCAGUCUCCCAGAACCAGGAGAGUCAUGAAAAGGGCGGAGGAAAGACUGGCUGCACACAGGCACAGUCUCUGAUUGCUUGGGAAAAGCCCUGGAGAGGAGGAAACUGGGGAGGCAGUGACCUUUUAGUCUUGGGAACUGAUUUCAUGGAGUAAGACCCACAGGGAAUGAGCUCCUGUGCUCGUUAGGCCUGACACUCAGCCAAGUUUGUGGAAAUCAUGUUUUUUUUUCUAAUAAAGAGUUAACUUCAACUUUGAACUGUGUGGUUUACUGACUGGCAUGCUCUGUGGCAACCAAGUGGGUGGGACCAGGAACAUGCUUGGUACUUAAAAGAGCAUCAGCCCAUGACACAAAUUUCCCCAUGCUGGUUUGAAGACAAUUUAAGUUAUCUGAGCAAAAUACGAUAAUUGGUGCCUGGAAACUCACCAGCAUUACCGGUAUACUCUGCGGCAAACCCAGCAACCUUAUAAGCAAAAUUUUAAAAUCUAAAAUAAGAAAGAAGGGGAGAAAGGGCAGGAAACCAGGGGCCUAGUACAAAAGACUCAGGGCUCAGCGCUAUUGAGGCACCCAAAGCAGCGACAGAUUUCAUGGGGAAAGUGACACCACUGACCUUGUCCAGGUAGCUGCAUCAUUCAGACAAAGUGUCCAGCUGCAAUGGAUCACAUCACAGAAGUGACUCCCACGUGGUUCUAGCUGUAUCGUAUUCAAUAAAUAUCUAAUUUUUUAAUUGAAAUGAUGCUAUUGAUUGUGCCUAAUCGCUUUUCAGUUCAUAGAGAUGUUCCACCAUUAUAUGCCUGGGUCAGAAAAGCAGCCUGAAGUCUACAGCAAUGGUUUUUGUUGUUGUUGUUUAGUCGUUUAGUCGUGUCCGACUCUUCGUGACGCCAUGGACCAGAGCACGCCAGGCACUCCUGUCUUGCACUGCCUCCCGCAGUUUGGUCAAACUCAUGUUCGUAGCUUCGAGAACACUGUCCAACCAUCUCGUCCUCUGUCGUCCCCUUCUCCUAGUGCCCUCCAUCUUUCCCAGCAUCAGGGUCUUUUCCAGGGAGUCUUCUCUUCUCAUGAGGUGGCCAAAGUAUUGGAGCCUCAGCUUCACGAUCUGUCCUUCCAGUGAGCACUCAGGGCUGAAUUCCUUCAGAAUGGAGAGGUUUGAUUGUCUUGCAGUCCAUGGGACUUACAAGAGUCUCCUCCAGCACCAUAAUUCAAAAGCAUCAAUUCUUUGGCGAUCAGCCUUCUUUAUGGUCCAGCUCUCACUUCCAUACAUCACUACUGGGAAAACCAUAGCUUUAACUAUAUGGACCUUUGUUGGCAAGGUGAUGUCUCUGCUUUUUAAGAUGCUGUCUAGGUUUGUCAUUGCUUUUCUCCCAAGAAGCAGGCGUCUUUUAAUUUCGUGACUGCUGUCACCAUCUGCAGUGAUCAUGGAACCCAAGAAAGUUUAGUGCUUUAGUGCUGAAAUUACCUUCUUUGCAAUGUUUCCAGUUUAUAAAAUUGACAUUUACCUGAAGCUACAGCCAUCCAAGCCAUAGUUUUCUGUACUACAAAUUUCAUUCCAUGCUCCACACCUACUAAUGAAAUUUGUCCUGAAUAAAAAUGAUAGGGGCUCAGGCCUUCUGUCUUCAAAGCUUGUAUACGUAACAUAAUAAGA